AUGGAGAAAGCGAUUAACAGACAGAAAGUUUUGCUUCAACAUCUCAAUCCUUCUUCAUCGUCGAUCCAUGACAACGAUUCAUCUUCCACCUCUCUCAAUGCUUCAGCUUGUACGGCGGGCGAUAGUGCUGCUUAUCACAGGAAGGCUUCAUUUGGGGAUGAUGUAGUGAUUGUAGCUGCAUAUCGGACUGCUCAAUGCAAAGCUAAACGGGGUGGUUUCAAAGACACUCAUCCCGACGAUCUCCUAGCUCCUGUUUUGAAGGCUGUAGUAGAGAAAACCAACUUGAACCCAAGUGAAGUUGGUGAUAUUGUUGUGGGUUCUGUAUUGGGAGCUGGAUCUCAAAGAGCUAGUGAAUGCCGUAUGGCUGCAUUUUAUGCUGGUUUUCCUGAAACCGUGCCUGUUAGGACUGUUAACAGGCAAUGUUCAUCUGGGCUCCAAGCUGUUGCUGAUGUAGCUGCUGCUAUAAGGGCUGGAUUUUAUGAUAUUGGUAUUGGUGCCGGUUUGGAAUCCAUGACAACUAAUCCAAUGGCAUGGGAUGGAUCAGUGAAUCCUAGAGUGGAAAUGUUUGAAAAAGCCCAAAGCUGCCUUCUUCCAAUGGGGAUCACCUCUGAAAAUGUUGCCAAUCGCUUUGGGGUUUCAAGGAAAGAACAAGAUGAAGCUGCUGUUGAGUCUCACAAGCGAGCUGCCGCAGCUACUGCUUCUGGUAGAUUUAAAGAUGAAAUCAUACCAGUUUCCACCAAGAUCGUGGACCCAAAAACUGGCGAGGAGAAAUCUAUCACCGUUUCGGUUGAUGAUGGAAUUCGACCUAACGCAACAUUAGCGGACCUAGCAAAGCUUAAAGCUGUAUUCAAGAAAGACGGAACCACCACUGCUGGUAAUUCUAGCCAAAUGAGUGAUGGUGCUGGGGCUGUUUUGCUGAUGAAAAGAAGUCUUGCAGUGCAAAAGGGGUUACCCAUUCUUGGUGUAUUCAGGAGUUUCGUUGCUGUGGGUGUUGAUCCGGCCAUCAUGGGUGUUGGCCCAGCUGCUGCAAUUCCAGUUGCUGUGAAGGCUGCAGGUCUAGAGCUUGAUGAUAUCGAUCUAUUUGAAAUAAAUGAGGCAUUUGCUUCCCAGUUCGUAUAUUGCCGUAACAAGCUAGGACUUGAUUCACAAAAGAUCAAUGUUAAUGGAGGUGCAAUGGCAAUUGGGCAUCCUUUGGGAGCAACAGGUGCUCGUUGUGUAGCAACUCUUUUACAUGAAAUGAAGCGACGUGGCAAGGACUGUCGAUUUGGAGUAAUAUCUAUGUGCAUUGGUACCGGAAUGGGGGCAGCUGCUGUUUUUGAGAGAGGUGAUUCCGUUGAUGAGCUUCGCAACGCCCGCGUAGGGAACAACCUUCACUUAAGUAAGGAUGCUCGCUAG